AUGGGCUGUUUUAAAGUAAAAUCGAACGACGACGACGAGCGCGAGCGGAUUGAACAGAGCAAGCGCAUCGACAAGGAGCUCGGAAAAUGCAAGCAAGAGUACCGAUCGACGCAUCGCCUCCUCCUCCUCGGCGCUGGAGAAAGCGGCAAGAGCACAGUCGUCAAACAAAUGCGCAUCCUCCACGUCAACGGCUUUAGCGACGACGAGAAGAGGCGAAAAAUAGCCGAUAUCAAGAGGAAUAUAAGAGAUGGAAUCGUAUCUAUUAUUUCAGCGAUGAGUGAAAUAAAUCCGCCUGUACAGUUACAUAACCCCGAAUCUCAAGCCUCUUUUGACUAUUGUGUGAACAAAAAGAACGAGCAGGAGUACGACGAUGUCUUCUUCUCGCAUGUGUCGCGGCUGUGGAAGGAUCCGGGCGUUCAAGAGUGCUACGACCGCAGCCACGAAUACCAACUCAUCGACUGCGCCAAGUACUUCCUCGACAAGGUUGACGAUGUCCGCAAGCCCGACUACGCGCCCAGCAGUCAAGACAUGCUCAGGUGUCGAGUCCUCACGCAGGGCAUCUUCGAGACGAGAUUCACCAUCGAAAAGGUCAACUUUCAUAUGUUCGACGUUGGCGGUCAGCGUGAUGAGCGGCGCAAGUGGAUCCAGUGCUUUAACGAUGUAACGGCGAUUAUCUUUGUUGUUGCAUCGAGUUCGUAUAACAUGAUGCUGCGCGAGGACAACAGUCAAAACCGACUUGAAGAAGCGGUCCACCUCUUCCAAACGAUAUGGAACAAUCGCUGGCUCAAGACUAUCUCCGUCAUCCUCUUUCUGAACAAACAGGAUCUGCUGAGGGAAAAAAUAUUACUAGGAAAAUCAAAGCUUGAAGAUUAUUUCGAAGACUACAAGAGCUAUGUAUGUCCAGAGAAGAUCAACGACGAGCCUGCAAGUGUAACCAGUGCCAAAUAUUUCAUCCGCGAUCUCUUCAUCCGAAUCUCGACGGCGACGGGCGAGGGAAAACACUACUGCUACCCGCACUUCACCUGCGCCGUCGACACCGAAAACAUCAAGAGAGUGUUCAACGACUGUCGCGACAUCAUCCAAAGAAUGCACUUACGCCAAUACGAACUGAUCUAG